UGUAAGUACUGUUAACACUGAGCUUAUUUUAAAGUUACAAUAUUCAUUAUGUUCAAUAAAAUUAUACUGUAUUACCUAUUACUUGCAAUUACAAUAACUGCCACUCUUGGCAGAAAUGAUCGAUUCAAAGUUUUGAAGAACAAAAUUGUCAAUCGUAUCAACAAACAUGAAUUUAAACUACCAUUCUGUGGAAAUUUAAUCAAAACCAGAGAUCAUCAAAUCAAAAACUAUAAAGAAGUAAUUAUUAACUUUUUUAGUACCUACAUUUUUCUUAUUCAAUCUUAUAAAUUAAUAUUAAAAAACUCGUACAAUUUGAAAGUAUUAUUUUUAACUAAAAUAGCUGUAUAAAUCGCAGUUUUAAGUAAUCAAAUCUACGGUACUUAUUUAUUUGGAAAGCUAAUAUGGAAAAGAAUGGAAUAUUAUUAUUCUAUACAAUUUUUAACAAUAUAUUUGUUUACAAUACUUAGGUUUCCAUAAUGAUAAGAACUGUAAUUAAGUAUCUAUAUAACAUUUAAAAUAUAUUUAUGUAAAGCUUUGAAAAGUAGCUUUCACAAGUCUGACAUUGUUAAUAUCUAUUAAUGGCUAUAUUUGUGUGUUCUACGACACAUUGUGCAUACUACAAAAACGUUAAAUUUGCACCAUCAACCUCAUUAUUUAUUAUAGAGGCGUCUCGAGGUUCUGCAGAUGUAAGAAAAAUAUAUAUAUUUUAUUUUAUAUUUACAGUGUAACCAAUUCUCGAUAAGAUACUUAUUAUCUAUAUAGCCAUCUAUAAAAAAUUAGGAAAGUAUUUACUUUUUUUAAACAACCUAUCAAACAAAUGGCUCUAAAAUGUUACAUCAAAGUUAUUUUUUGUAAUUCAUAUUUUCGUGGAUAAACUAUUAUUUUUGAUUUUUGAAUAACACUGAACAUUAAAAACUCCAUACAUAGAUGACGUUUUAGUUAAAUACAUUUUGGUAUUGAAAUUUUUAAUUCCAGUCUAUACCGUGUAUACCAAACUAAAAUACAUGUAUGUGCACUAUGAAAAGUCUGAAAAAAUAGCCAAAUUAUUAUUUACCUGGUAUACUCUGUUCAGAAACUAAAAAUGAAAUAGUACUCGCCUAAUAAUAACACUUAGAUGUUCAAUUACAAAUAUUGAUUGCUUAAAAAACAAUAAGUAAAUAAUUAAAUUUUUAAACUAAAAUGUAAGUAUAGUAAGAAAUUAUUUCUGUUUUAGAUUCCAUUGAACAUUAUAACUCAAUUGAACAAAGUGACAAGUAUUUCAGAACUAUUUUGGAAAUUUUUACCACAUGAUGAUAUAUUCAAUGUUUUAUAUUAUACUACAAAUAAUAAUCAAAGUAUGUUUCAAUUAUGUUAAUGUAUUAAUUUAAACAAUUUGUUGCAAAUAGGAAUGUAGUGUUAAAAAAAUGAAAAAUGAAGAUAUUUAAAGUAGUUUAGUCCAUUGAUAUAAAUAUAUUUAUUUGAAAAUGAAUAACUCGAGUUAUAGUAAUAAUUAUUGCUUACACCUUUAAACAACAAUAAUGAAAAUGUGUACAUGAUCAUAUCAACAGCAUCAUUUAUUUUGACUAAUAUUACAUAUUACAUUAGCAUAAUAAAUACUGUGUUAGUGUGUUAUGUAUUAAUAAAUUUGACAAUUGGUUAUAGGCGUUUCUUAAUUUUAUAAAACUUUAAGUAGGAAUCGUAAAUGUACAAAUAUAAAUACCUGCGAUUAAAAAAAUAGUAUAUAUCAAAUAAAAAUAAUUUACUUUGAACAAAAUAUAAGUAAUAAAAUGACUUACCAUUUUCAUGAUUAUUUUACAUUUAAACCAUACAAUUUUGAUAAAUAACCAUUAUGUAAAUACAUUGAUACAAUAAUAUAUUAACUGAGAGUAUAUUUUCAAAUGCUUUUUUAAUUAUAAAUACUAUUUAAUCUAUAGAUUCAUCAAUUAUCAUUCCGAAAGCAGCAACUUGUACCACAGAUUAUCAGGUAGUUAGCCUAAGAGAUGAUGAUGACCCAAGUUUAUACUAUUCACCGCCUUGUACAAGAGUGAAGAGAUGCGGUGGCUGUUGUGGUAGCAAUCUAGUUUCCUGUCAACCAACCAAAGUGGAAAUGCUUAAUUUCCAAGUAAAUUUAAUACAAUUUGAAUGUAAUAUUUUUUUCACCCAUCAACUAUCCUAAAUGUAUUUAUGUAUUAUAAUAGGUAACUAUUUUACAAUACAAUGAGACAUUUGCUUUUAAAGAAAAGAAAAUUGUUACGGUAGAACAACAUGUUGCAUGCAAAUGUGAUUGUACCAUAAAAGAACAAGUAUGUUUCAAUAGUAACAAAAUAUUAUUUUGGCAAUGAAUAAAUCAAAUGACUUUUUCUAUAUAGGAUUGUAAUUUCUCACAAGUUUAUAAUGCUAAAGAAUGCCGUUGUGUUUGUAAUAAUUUUGAGGAUCAAGACAAAUGUGACGAAAAAAGGGAUAUAAAAAUGUGGGAUUCAGAAAGUUGCUCAUGCCAAUGUAUGGAAGUUCAAGAAUGCACAUCAGGAUUCAAAUUCAAUUACAAUACUUGCAGGUAGAGCUUAAAAAAUUAUUUAAAAAAGUUAACAGAAUAAAUGUUUGAAUGUGUUAACAUAAAUAUUAAAUACUUAAUAAUUCUAAGUAUUGUAUAUUUAUUUAAUAACUAAUAGACACCAUAAAUAGUAACUUACAAUUUUUUUUUUCAGUUGUGAACCUACAGAAGAUACUGUUAAUCCUCAUAAUUAAUAUGAAUAAAUUCAACAAAAGUUUAUAUGAAAAAAAUUCUCAAAGAAGUUGUUUCUACGAUUUAUAUUAAGAUGAAUCUACUGGUCUUAUUUAUAUAAUUACAAUAUUAAACUGAUAAUAUUAUUCCCAUAAAUUUAUUUAUGGGAAUUUCUUUUAGCAAUUUAUUCCAUAAUAUUUUGGGUCAUUAAAGUUAAGUAGUUUAUUUCACCUACUACUUUAUAUAUAUCUUAUAUAUAACACUAUUUAAGGCAACCUAAAAAACCGGACUGAAUCUUGUGGAUUUGAAUAUUUGAUUACUAUUUUAUAGUUAUAUAAGAUCUAAACAUUUGUUUGAAGUUAAACACAAUUUUUAUAUUUUUAUCACUAAUAUUUAAUAACAAUAAUUUUGAUUCAUGCAACCAUAUCAAUUUGUCAACCAAAAUAAAAACAAUUUAGAAACAUUUAUGAGAUGUAAAAAACCAAGUUUACUAGCUAUAGUUCAAUUUUAAUACUGACCUGUGUAAAAUAAUAUACCAAAAGUAUGGCAUUAUAUAAUUUAAAAUUUAAUUCUAAUCAAAUUAAAUUAGUUAUUCCUUUUAUUUAAUAACAUUAGAACAAACACUUUACCACUAAAUAAUGGUACUAACAAAUUGCUAAGGUACAGUGUUAUUUUAGUGAUCAAAUAAACAUAGGAUGAAAGACUGAAAAAAAUUAGACUUGAAUUAUCAAUUCCCAAAAGGUGGUAUUAAGGCGAAAGAGGAGAUUACAAAAAUGAAAUUUAUAUAAUUUUUUUAAUUAGUAGUAUAAUUAAUAGUUAUAUUUUUAAAUAAAAAUAUAAUAUCAGCUUAAAUAAUAAUAUAGUUUAAUAUCAUAUUUUUAAUUUUACAUUUUUCUUUAUGUCCCCUGAACGAACAUUUGCAGGUUAGGUGUUUAUGGAGUAUUUUUUUUUUUUUUUUUUCAUUAUCAACCCUAAUGUUGGUCUACAACUCCCAUUCUCUAUUCUAAUCGAUUGCUCGCUUUUUCCUUGAUUUCUCUAAACGUUUUUUAACCCUUGCAUCACUUUUUAUUUGUCCUAUAUAAGAGUUUCAAGGGCGUCUUGCUGUUUUCUUUCCCUCUAUGAUUAUAUUAUGCAGUUCUGGGUGUUUCAUUCAGGGCAUAUCCAAUCAUUUUCCACUGUUGUGGAGUCAAUUAUGCAUACAAAUUAAAUAAUUUAAAAAUAUAUUUACCAAUUAUUUCUAAACAGAACUUAUUUUAACUUAUAACAGUAACAGUUUCUUAAACAAUCUACAUUUUGUUCACUGAAUUCAAAAGCCAUCUACUAAUAGUAAACAAAAAAAUAUGUACAUUGAAAUAUUAUUAAAAAUAGAUCAUAUUAAAUGUAAGAAAGACCUAACAUUGCUAAUGGUACACCACUAUGGAAGAUAGGAAAGAUACAUCAUUAUUUAUUUUACAUAUGUAAGCAAUGAUAGAUAAUUGCCAAUAAAAUAUAAUUUCUUAAUGAAAUUUGUUUACACACAAUUUGUGAAAUCGUGAUUGAUUUCCAACAAAAUAAAAUAUUAAAACAUAUUACUACAUUAUUAUUAUUGUCA